AUGUUUCACUGUAAUGAAAUAUAUGAAAUGUCUAAUCCUGCUUUAUCAAAAAAUGUCCGAGAUUCAACGGACAGUGAUAACGAGGAAAAAGAAGAUGGCGAACUUGAAGAGGGUGAAGUUGAAGAAGAUGAAACAGAUCAGUCUGAUGUUAAAACGGAAGAAGUAAAAUGUGAAGAAAAUCGUGAUGAUGCAAAAGAAAAUAAACCGGAAAGUGCUCAGCCUCAAAAUGAUGAGCAACAAGUACAUCAGUUUGCUGACACCGGUGCUACGACUAAUCGAAACUCCAUGCCUGGCUAUCGUCGACGAGAUCAUCAUCACCAUCAUAGUCAUCGCGGGCACCAUCACAAUGUUCAAACGAACGAACGUCAGUACUCCAAAGAUCGUGAUGUUCGAGAGAAAAAUCGAAAUAGUAAACAUGAAACAGCAUCAACAUCAUACGAUCCGAAAAAACGAAGAAAAAGACGUCACAGUGAAGAAAGAGAUGAUCGUAAUAAAAAACGUCCGCGUGGUAAAUUUCGUGGUGGUGGCUUUGUAGAUGUUGAUAAAGAUAUUGAAGAAGCUGAAGACGAUGAGAUGAUGGGUGCUGUCUGGCCUCCGAAAUCGAAUCGAAGUGGACAGCAACAACGUCGUUCGACUUCUCCAUCACAGAGAAAUAACGGUGAACAAAUACAAGAACAAAACCAGAAAGAAUCAAAUGUAUAUAAUGAUCAACAGUCAAACGAAGAACAGUCUUCAAAUAUACUUACAAAUGGACAUGAUGAACAGAACGAGGAACUGACCAUGGACGAAGGAGAAGACGAAGAAUAUGACGAAGAAGGACGUGCCGAUGAUGAUAAUGAAAUUGGACACAAUGAAAACCAAGAUCAGAGUGAAGUCAGUCAUGAUCAACAAGAUGGAAAUCGAAACAAAAAGCUACCAAGAGAUGAUUCAGAAGUACAAAAACCGAAAAUGUCAUAUCGUGAGCGUGAUCGUGAUAGAGAUAGAAAUGAACGACAUAAUCGUGGUAGCGACAGAAAACCACGAAAAAUGAGACCAGGAGAUUUUUCAAAAGAUAAUUCAAAAAAUAGUAUUGAAAAUAGAGGAAGACGUUAUUAUGAAAAUCGACGUGAAAGACCAUGGGGUCAAGAUCGAGAUCGUAAUGCUUCGACGAAUAACAGUAACACUGCUUCAUCUGGCACGACAACAAAUGUUAGUGGCAACAAUAAUAACACAAAUACAGGUGGAAAUCAGAGAUAUCGAAAUGAAACAUCCUUAUCAACACCAAUUUGUAAAUUUUAUAUGGAAAAUCGUUGCAUGAAAGGUUCUGAAUGCCUGUUUAGUCACGAUUAUAAACCUCCUAAAAAAACGGAUUUAUGCAAAUAUUAUGUUCAAAGCUAUUGUCAAAAAAAUGACAUGUGUCCAUUUCUUCAUUCAGAAUUUCCAUGUAAAUUUUUUCAUACGGGUACAAAAGAUUGUACGCAAGGUGAUCGAUGCAAAUUUUCGCAUGAUCCAAUUAUUAAUGAAGAUAUACGUUUUGCAUUCGAAAAAUAUUUGAAUGAACAGGACGAACAAUCGAUAAACAAUGGUAAACAACGUUCAAGUACAUUUGAUUCACCACCAAGACAAAUGAAUGCUUCAUCGAAGGAUCAAAUGAUAAAUACUGAAAAACUAACGUCACAGCAACAAUUUCCCAUACCGGCGUUGAUGGAAUUAUACGUGAAAGAACCAUCAAAUGGUAAUUCUACGUCUGGUGCUGACACGGCACAAAAUUCUUCCUCAACUCAACAGCAAAGCAGUAGCCCAGCACAAACAAACAAUUUAAUGCAACAAAGAACCGGUCUUUUUUAUGAUACAUUAAAUACGACAACAGAACAGGACGACUCAUCGAAUAACAGUACGAGCACUGCGAAUACAAGUACAUCAAAUGAUGUAUCAAGACUAAAUAAUCCAUCAACGACAACAACAACAGCAAAUUCGAAUACCUGUCCAUUACCAAUACCACUUCAAUUAUUAACAAUGCCUUCCGGUCUUCCUCCGCCUCCACAACAUUUACUUAAUCCAAUAUUUCCGCGGCUAUCUCGACCUUCGCUUAAUAAUAAUAGUCUGCCUCCACCUCUACAUCCCGGCUUAUUUUCAGCUGGUGCUAGAGUACCAUUUUUAUUUCCUGGUUCAUCUCGAAUGCCAAUCACACCGCCAAAUUUAGACUUUCUUAACACAGCUGCAGCAGCGGCAGCCGCUGCAUUUACCGCUGUUGCUGCCAACACAAAAUUCAAUUCAAACUCUUCCGUAUCUUCCACACCUGGACAAACAUCAUCUUCGUUUUCAACAAGUCCACAAUUAGGUAAAGAUAUAGAUGAACGAAUAUCGAGUCAUACAACAAUAAAAGAUAUUGAUGAACGUGGAAGUAGUUUAACAACCACUUCUCCAACCAUAUUACCACAAUUACCCUCCUCCACAACUUCCUUAUCUACGGUGUUACCGCCCCCGCCAUUGCCACUUGGACUUCUGUCUCUACCACCUAAUCAACAAACAUCUGUUACGUCAACUACAGUAAAUCCGUCAGUAGAUUCUUCUUUCAUAACUGACGAUAGAGAAGAAGAACAUAAAUCAAAAUCCUUCCAGGACAUAUUCAAAACACCCGGCUCCCUUAUGACUGAUAAUUCAUUCAACGUACAAGGAACGGUUACAACAGCUGCACCAUCAUUUGACUUCAUUUCAAUGCUACAAAAGUUAAAACAGAAUCGUCUUAAUCCAAAUGAUUCAACUAUUCUACCUGGUAACCAGGAUUUACUUGAGAUUCAUGGAACAAUUAAUGGUCGUUUUAAUUAUGUGGUGCGACCAAUUAUCAUCAAUUUACAACCGUAUGCAUUGCCGGAACCCUUGAAAAAUAAUGAUCCACGUGGUCCAAAAUAUCAAGAAAAAUUUGUUCAAUGGCAACGUGAUAAUGAUGAACGAAUACGUAUGGAAAAAUUAAAAACAUAUUCUCUUAUGCAACAACAAACAUCGAUAUCUUCUAUGACACCAAAUAAUAUAUCGACUUUUAAAUCUACAAAUACGAAUGCUGCUGUAUCGAACUCUAGUUUACAUUCACGUGAUCCUCGACUUCUAAGAAAUGCCCCAAAAUCAAAUAAUAUGAAAGAACAAUCUCAUUCCCAACAAUUUUCACCACAAUCUUAUCAGCCGUCAUAUCAACAUCCUAUGAAUGCUCAUUUCUUGCCACUACCUUCUCCAUAUCCACUAUCUUCUACUUCUCAUACCGGUUUUUCUUCCGAUCAGCGUCGACAAAUGAACGAUAGCACUUAG